CGCACUGCCGGACCGACAUCGCACCGCGCUAUGACCAGCCACAGUGUGUACAGAUAGUAGACACAGGCCCAUCGAGCGCCCAACAAGAGCACUAGGCACUAAGCGAGUGAAAGCAAAAACGGCGGGCUCGCCACCAUCCGUCCAGAAGAGAGAGACACUCAGAAACACAUUGAGCUAUCUACAUGGUCCAACGAGACGGUGAAAGAAAGGGUGUUCGCCACAUUCCCCUCCAGUUCGUUCGUUCCGGCUGUCUAUCAUCCGAUUCUAUCUCAGCCUAUCGUACCUGGUUGCCGUUGUCUCUUCCCUCUUGCGCCUUGAAUCAUCCCGUCUUAAAGUGUCGAUAAUCCAAAAGCAGGAGUUCAUUCGAUUCUGUGGUAGAGUUGGUGAUCACAACGGUAGAUGCCACUGCUGAUUGUGUGAUCGUGGAUUCCGAGCGGAGCUUCUGGCCGCUAGCGAACACGAAGGGUGGCCAAGGAAGUCGUGCCUAACAUUAACGCUUUUUUCUGUAUACCAUAUAAUGGUAUAGAGUGUUGUUUAACGAAACACCGAAACGAACCAGUCGACACUAAGCGAUGACAAGAGGAGUGACUCCUAUAUAUAUAUAGGAAGAUGGCCUGAUAGAAGGACCCUGGUUUGAUGACGAAACGCCAGAAGACGACGAGAAAUAGAAGUUCGAUCUGUUUUGUUGAAAAAGAGAAAAAGAAAAAGUUGAAAGAAACAUAAAUAACUUACUUCCUGUCUUUAGUUGACACUUAAGGUUCUACAGAUGUUGUCAUCGAUAGCUGGGAAAGGCUGCGAGCAGUGAGAGAGCCGUUGUUCAAAUGUCACAGGACUAGGACACGAGGUAGAUGUAUCACCCAGCAGACAACGAGAAACACCAGUCGCCAUAGCGUAUUUUCUGUGAAUAUUAUAGAAACGUUACAAUCAAGUGAGUGAACGUUCCAGUUUGCUAUCGUCGUUCCUACAGCUUCGCCAUGCUGUUCUGACUACAUCCAGACGAAGUUUGACCGCAGAUUAAUAGCUAAUAAUAGUGACCUUUGCGAGUUGCGUGUGUGUGUGAAUGUGGACCUGUGUACAACAUCCCUGUGCAUGGACACACGAAGAUGACAGUCGUAUUAUUCGAAUCAUUCACAGAUUCGUUGUUUGUUGGCCAUCGGUCGGCUUGUGACGGAAAAUAGAUGUAAAGUAGCUGCUACAACUAUAAGGACGCAUGUUAAUUGUCCACCUACUUUCUUCGUUGUUACCCUAUUUUAGCCUUUCACAGUUGAAAACGUAGCCAACGAUACGGACUGUGCUGUGUAUCAACUUGAAUUGUCGUCAUUUCUAUCGAUACUCGUUUUAUCUUAACUUCACAAUAGGUGUCUUUACCUGAUUCUCGAAAAUCGACUGUAAUAGUCUCAGCUGAACGAGGAGACUGGCGAACUUUGCUACGUUUUUUAGACCUGAAAGGGCAAGACAGGUAGGAGCGGAUGGUGACAGCGACACUCGGUGUGCCUCAGACAGGGCUCUCGGUACUGGCCGCACAUUCAACAUUUAAGCCACGCCAUCCACCUUCUCCACAUGCCAGACACAGCGAAGUUGGCGUCUCCGCCGCCGGGUGUGCUGAAAAAACCGAACUCGUCAGGAGCAGCAGUAGCAGCUAAUGAGGGCAAGGAAGAAUGGAUCGCAAUGGAUAAAAACAAUAAACAGGACAACAAUAAGGAGUCUCCGGGGGCAAAAGACUCAAACACUGUAACUGCCGGCAAGGGCGGCAAACAAAGCCGCUUUCAAGUAGCAAAGGUCGAUUUUGCCAAAGGAUCAAAGGACGAAGAUCGACACAGCAGCAGUGAUGAAGACGAUCACGCAGGAGGCCAUGGGGGCGGCGGAGGGUGUGCUGGUGGAAUGUACAACAAUUCGUAUGACACCCACAAUAUACGUUCCCUGCACCACUACACGAGAGAGGCACUGCCCCGUCUGGAUCACUAUCGGAACGUGAUGAGUGUGCAUGGUCAUAUGAAUAGGCCGACCCUCGACGAAUUGCACAAUGCAACAUUAUCUCUGCUACCUGAAAAGCAAUCAAGCGGCAAAUCUCCCACCGCAUUGGAUUCAAGUGCCGCAGUUAAACUCGGAUGGAUUCAAGGCGUCCUAGUUCGUGUACUGUUGAAUAUCUGGGGUGUGAUUUUGUUUUUACGUCUGUCGUGGGUUGUUGGACAGGCAGGCAUCGGGCUAUCCGUGAUCAUUAUCGUGUUGGCAUCGAUUGUGACCAUGUUGACAACCCUGUCUAUGUCGGCUAUCUGUACCAACGGUGAAGUAAAAGGAGGUGGCACCUAUUACAUGAUUUCGCGUUCACUCGGACCGGAGUUCGGUGGUUCCAUCGGUAUCAUUUUCUCGUUAGCCAAUGCGGUUGCUAUAGCCAUGUAUGUAGUAGGAUUCGCCGAGGCAGUUCGGGACGUCCUAUAUGCUAACGGGGUCGAAAUUGCUGAGGUCCUGGCCGCUGACGACUCGAUAAAUCUUGUACGGAUAAUUGGUGGUAUAACUUGUAUCGGCAUUCUCUGCAUCGCUCUCAUCGGAACCGAAUGGGAAUCGAAGGCGCAAGUGGUUCUGCUUUUCAUCCUUCUCGGAGCAAUGUUUAACUUCAUUCUUGGAGCCUUUCUGCCCGUGCCGGAAGCUAAACUUGGCAAGGGCUUUCUCGGUUUUUCAACAACAAUGUUAGCGGAGAAUUUCGGUCCACAGUUUUCCCCAGAGGGCGGCAAAGAUUAUGGCUUCUUUGAGGUGUUUGCUGUGUUUUUCCCCGCCGCCACAGGAAUUCUUGCCGGAGCGAAUAUAUCCGGUGACCUUGCUAAUCCAUCCACGGCGAUUCCUAAAGGUACCUUCUUAGGUAUCAUUAUCACCUCACUUUCCUAUGUGCUGUUUGCGAUUCUGGCAGGCGCUACAACGCUCCGUUAUGCCACUGGUUUAGCACCAGCUAACGCAAAUACGCUGUCGUUCGCGGACCUUAGGGAUUCUAUCGGACACGCAGGACCUUGUAAUCCCAAGGACUGUCCGUAUGGACUUUUCAAUGAUGCUAAUGUCAUGGAGAUGGUGUCUGUUUUCGGGCCCUUGAUAAACGCGGGAGUGUUUGCUGCAACUUUGUCUUCUGCGCUAGCCUCGUUGGUAUCUGCCCCGAAGGUGUUUCAGGCCCUUUGCAAGGACAAGCUAUUCCCACACAUCGAUGCCUUUGGCAAAGGCUACGGGCCUAAUGGGGAGCCCAAACGGGGCUACUUUCUAGCCAUGGCCAUUGGAAUAGGCUGCGUAGCCAUCGGCAAGCUGAAUUCGAUUGCGCCGCUUAUUUCCAAUUUUUUUAUGGCAGCCUACUGCCUCAUCAAUUUCGCCUGCUUCCACGCCUCGUUCGCUCGUUCACCCGGUUUCCGUCCAGCUUUUAAGUACUACAAUAUGUGGCUGUCACUUCUCGGUGCCAUUCUUUGUUUGGGGGUUAUGUUUGUCAUGGAGCCAUAUACGGCACUGAUCACGUUCGCCGUUAUCCUGGGAUUACAUAUGUACAUUGGGCAACGAAAGCCCGACGUCAACUGGGGCAGCUCAACGCAGGCGCAGACCUAUAAGGAUGCCCUAAACGCCGUCUAUAAACUCCAACAGGUAGAAGAUCAUGUCAAGAAUUAUCGCCCACAGAUUCUCGUAUUGUCAGGCGAGCCUAACUAUCGCCCGCCUCUCAUUGAUUUUGCCUAUUCGAUCACGAAGAAACUUUCGUUGCUCAUCUGUGGCCACGUCGCUCGACCCCCGUUACCCCACCGGGCUCGCCACAAUCUGACCGUACGGGCCCAGCAGUGGUUACAAAAACGCAAGAUUAAGUCGUUUUAUUCGAUUGUUGUCGAAUCUGAUCGUUCCAAGGGUGUACGCUCACUCCUACAGUGUGCCGGAGUGGGCAAACUUCGACCAAAUGUUGUUAUGCUUGGCUACAAAUACCACUGGCAAACGUGUCAUGACUAUGAGUUGGAGGAGUACUUCAACAUCAUUCACGAGAUUCUCGAUCAUCAUAUGUCCAUUGCAAUUCUACGCCUUCCCGAAGGACUUGAUUACUCCGAAUAUGCAAACACGGAUGUUUUCGUAUCCUCGCCGACGACCAACGGCAAAAGCAGUAAUCAUUUGAAAUUGCCGACUUCUGGCGGUGGCGCCGGUGGAUUCGAACGAAACGAGAGUGCCCUGUUUCCUAGGAACGUCUCCUCCGCCCAACUGUCCACUGGAGGCAGUUCCCGCGAAGGCACACCCCCGGGGACGCCUCAGCCCGAACACAAGGGACUCGGAGCGUCCGUGGCGGGUGUGGCGGACAAAGACAAAGAACGGGGUGGCAAUAAGGAGCGAGGUGAUUCGAAAGAACGUCAGGAAGAUGAAGAAGAAGCUCUGGUAGGCUCACCAAACGUUAUCGAAUGCCCGAAAGAGGUACUGCAAAACGUCAACCAGUUCUUGCGCAAACAACGAAAGGGCACCAUCGAUGUAUGGUGGCUUUACGACGACGGUGGUCUGACGAUACUCGUGCCCUAUCUUCUGUCGACACGAAGCAACUGGAGUUCCUGCAAACUGCGUGUUUUCUCACUAGCCAACAAGAAAGAAGAGCUUGACCGGGAACAAAGGAACAUGGCGGCUCUGUUAAGCAAGUUCCGAAUGGAAUACUCCGAUGUCAUUGUAAUCCCGGACAUUCAGAAACCCCCCUCAGAUGAGACCAAACGUGAAUUUGAAAAGUUAAUAGCUCGCUGGAAAACGGACCAGGAUGAAGUGUCAGAAGACAAUAAGCUUGCAAUCACUGAUUCCGAGCUCCUUGCACUCAAAGCAAAAACAAAUCGUCACCUUCGCCUCAGAGAGUUCCUUCUCCAGUACUCGCGCGAAUCGAAUUUAGUUGUGAUGACGCUCCCGAUGCCACGCAAGAAUACAUGUUCUGCGAGCUUAUACAUGGCCUGGCUGGAUAUGUUGACCAGAGAUAUGCCACCAUUCCUCCUUAUUCGAGGUAACCAAACAUCUGUACUGACCUUCUACUCAUAGAGGCGAUCGUAAACAGUCGACGGUCAGCGUUUCUGCCAGUCACUUAUGGCAAGAUACGCAUCUCAUCGUCGCACCUAACGAUGACCAAACAAAAUGUUGUCGGCCGUACAUGUAGAUAGGCGCAAGGCCGCACGAUGUCAACAGCGCUUUGGCGGCAUGGAGACUAUAAUAUCGCUGGAUCUAUUCGUUUACUCUGGAUGCCGAUAUGGCAAAUCAUAUCAGCGAGCCUGGUUAAGCUAUUUGAUUACAAAGCAUGCAUCUUAUGGCUUCGACAAAUUUUCGCUUCUUUUUACUAUCAAAUUUUUUUCAGAUUAAUUUCAUUAAUUCGCUAAUUUUCAGAUAGUAGUGUUGUGUAUCGCACUGUCUUUCUAUGGAUUAGAACUCGAUGCGGCAUCAAAUCUACUGUUUACCUGGCAUUUGUUGUAUUACAUGUUUUUCUCAAAUAACAUAAACAGACAAGGACCUCUUUUGGGGUCGUAAUACAAGCUAUUUCGUCGUUGUUAUAACAAGGCGCCACUGGAAGUUAAAUUUCGUAAUUUGUUGUUCUGUAGAUCACAAUGCCAGAAAAUUAACAAAAGCUUAUGACGAGUUCAUAUUGCUGGCUGCAGAUCGAAAUACUGCUGUGUUCUCACCAAAUCGACUCGUGCUACACAGGUACGGGUUCAAUUAGGUAUGUUAUUAAUUAUCCUUUAGCCAGCUGAAUUGUCAAACGAUAUAGUACAAACACAAAACGCGGGUUGCUAUGUAGUUCCCGUGAAUGAGAACGUAUCCGAUGCUGAUAAUUCUAAUAGGUCGUUGAUGAUGGUAAAAAAAAAAUCGACUAUACAGUUUUCUGCUUCAAGCCAGCAGCAAGUAGGGAAGUACGGUUCAAGACCAUUAGGCCACAAGAAUCGGCGCCAUACGGUGGUCUGUGGUGUGCAGGGCACAGCUGAAAAAUGAGGAAAUGAUGUCAUCGCAUUAUUGUCCAUGCGAACGCAGAAUUUGGUCAUCUUGGCGCUAUCUCAAUUCAUCAAUCAGGAACAAUUUCUACACAUAAUUUGUAGCGCAUAAAUGUAAUACGAAGUGUUGAAGAGAGACGAACCGUCACUCGGUUGUGCCAGAGGACUUACUUACGCAAUACAAUUGAGAAACAUAGAAAGAGAGAAACAGAGUGUUUAGGUGUGUGUAUGUGUGAGAGAGAGAGAGAGAGAGAGAGAGGGACAGAGGGAGGGGGAAAGGAGUGAGAGGGAGCAAAAAGUACUAUUGACAUGUGUUGUCCGUGGUAAGACUAUAUAAUAGUUAAAACUAUAUAUAUAUAUAUAUAUAUAUAGUUAACAAAGAGUGCUGUACACAUAAUCACAAGUCGAAACGAAAAAAAAAAAGAGCAAUGAUAAAUAUAUUAACUAUAAUUAUAGAUGAAUUCAGGAAAUCGAUCGCCGAUCGAAAAUUUUGCGAAGUGUUUGGGUAGGCGCUCGAAUAACCACAACUAUACGAUAGCUUCUGGUUCGAAAACGUACUGAUAGACCUAUGAAGCCUAUUAUGUGAGUACAUCUAUAUUCCUUUUAAAUUAUCGUUAUUGAAACCUUACGACAACAAGCAGGGUAACGUACCCGAGAAAAGUAAAUGCAUUUGUACAUAGUAACAAAAGAAAAAGGGAAAGUUAUCUAUGAUACAAUAUAAUGAAGCCACGACAACUCCUGUCACUCUCCCAUGGUACACAACAAUUGCAAACGGUACUAACGGGAGCCAAUGCAAUCAACGACAGAUAACAAAA